AGUGUCCUACUGUAUGAUGAGUCAGCUGAACUGGUUAAGGGAUCUGAAGGGCCAUUAUUUGCAGACAACAGCUGAACUUCGGCUGACCAUUUUGUUGAUUAUAAAUAAAAUGUAAUGUAUGAUUGGCUAAGACGAGCAAUUAUAUAAUUUUUAAGUCAGCACCAUUUUCCAGUUGCCUUCGUAUUUCUUCGAAAGUUUGCUUUGUGGGAGAACCUGCUUUUGUACUUUAUCAGGAACAAUGCAAACAAGGUUAUCAGAUCUCUUGAGGGCAGAAAAAAAGCUUGUAGGUGUGUUGUAGCAAUCCGCUAACCUACCUCUACCUUCCCAGCAAACACUGCAGUCAGCUGGUGUGGAAACAACAUCCCUUCCCUAACCUAGCAGUGACAGUGGAAAGGGUGGAGGGAUGUUGGACUCGCUGUAUGACUGUUUCUGGUGGGACAGAGUCUGGCUGCCUGUGAACCUGACGUGGUCUGACCUGGAGGACAGGGACGGGCUGGUCUACGCCAGAGCCUCACAUCUCUAUGUCACGGUCCCCUACACCUUCGCCUUCUUACUCAUCAGAUACCUGUUUGAAAGCUUGAUAGCAACACCACUGGCAGUGUCUGCUGGGAUCAGACAGAGAGUGCGUCUGAAAGCAGAGGACAACCCCAUCCUGGAACAUUACUACAUCUCUCAGAGUAGAAAUCCUGUUCAGGCAGACAUCGAUGGACUGUCUAAGAAAAGCAGUUUGUCAGUGAGACAGGUUGAACGCUGGUUCAGGAGGAGACGCAGUCAGGACCUUCCUGGAGUCCUGAAGAAGUUCAGAGAGGCCAGCUGGAGGUUUGUCUUCUACAUAUCGGCGUUCAUUGGAGGACUGAUAGCUCUGUACGAUAAAGAAUGGUUUUAUGACACCCGGGAAGUAUGGGAAGGUUUCCCAAAGCAGUCCAUGCUGCAGUCUCAGUACUGGUAUUACAUCCUGGAGAUGAGCUUCUACGGCUCACUCCUCUUACGCGUUGCCUUUGAUGUUAAGAGAAAGGACUUUAAGGAGCAGAUCAUCCACCACCUGGCUACACUGGUACUGCUAUCAUUCUCCUGGUGUGCCAACUACAUCCGGAUAGGAACGUUGGUCAUGCUCAUCCAUGACGCCUCUGAUGUUCUACUGGAGUCUGCGAAAGUAUUCAACUAUGCCAAAUGGGAGAAAACCUGCCAAAGUAUUUUCGUUGUGUUUGCCAUCGUGUUUAUGGUAACACGCCUGAUCAUCUUCCCAUUCUGGCUGAUCCACUGUACCUGGGUCUACCCUGUUCUCCACUACCCCGCCUUCUUUGGAUACUACUUCUUCAACGUGAUGCUGGUGGUGCUUCUCUGUCUGCACAUAUUCUGGGCCUACCUCAUUCUCCACAUGAUCAAAAAGUUCAUGUUUGGCAAUCUGACCCGUGAUGAGAGGAGUGACUUUGAGGAGGAAGAGGAAGAUGAGGAGGAGGAGAGCAGCCUGACAGAGGAUGAAGGAGAGCAACAGCACAAGCUGGGCAAUGGUUUUUCAGUCAGUGAGACGGAGGAGAAGAACAGAGGCUUUGGGUGCAUGUCUCCUCCAGAGAACAUGUGCCGCUCCAAAACUGUGUGCUGAAUAAGCAAAACAAGAUGUAUUCCUUCAGUUGCAGGAACUAAACUCACAGUGAAUAUGUUCAGAGAAAACCCCCCCCAUGCUGUCAGUGGCAGCGCUUCACUGUCAUUCACAGAGACCAACAAACCUAACAAGCAAACAAAGGACACACUCAUCACCACGUUCAUAUGUUUGUGAAGUGCAGAGCUGGUGGGGGGCACCACCAGCUGCUCGACCUCACUGGGUCAUCAAUCAAGACUUUAAUUGCCCCCCCCAGCCCGCUGAAUUAGCACGCACCGCUUAUGCUCACCGGUAGAUGAAUGGGAUCCAGUGAGAUAAUGGAGGUGGAGGUGGGGUUGGCAAAGUACUGUAUGUAGCUGUGCUCACCUUCAUAGACCCACUGAACUCUUUGUGUAUACAAGUUUUGUAUUUUAAUCUACUGUCCAACUUUGACUUUACAUGAUAAAUCACACCAUCGUGUUGUGCAUGCAGUAAUUCCCAUAGAUAACAACAUGUGAUGUUUGGAAACAUCUAGGCAGCAAUGACUUUGACUUUCAUUCAUCUAAAGCACUGAGCCCAACCGGAGGGUCCCGACCCCACCCAAGGCUCAGAAAACCUUCUUGGGGUUAAAAAAGGUCUCCUUGGUUUUAGUCUUGGUCAGACAACGUUUUAUAAAAAUAUACAGUCAACAUUUUAUUCAUUUCUGUGAACAAAAAUGUAAAGUAAACUACAAAAAUGGGAGCUUCUGAUAUAAUAAUCCAAAAAGUUAAAUGAACUGAGUCUCCUCCAGCAUAAGACAUGUUUUGUAGUUUAAAUACCAAAAGACCAGCAAGACAACAUAUCUCUACACAGGAAAUAAUCUGCUUCAAAUGAAUCCAUAUCGCUCGUUAGGGGUUUAUUUUGCAACAGAACUGAUGGAUGGUUGACAGCACAUCAGAGACUGAACAGAGGACAUGAGUUUUAUGAUUAUAAAAGGAGUUGCCUCACAUCCCUGAUGCUGUGCCAAUGCAUUUUAGGAAGUAUUUGUUGCUGCCGUUCACUUGGAGAAAACCAGCACAGAAAAGUGGUGGUAAUAAUGAUUAAUAAUGUAUUUUAAAGGGGACCUAUCAUGCAAAAUGCACUUUUGUACGUCUUUUCUACAUGAAUAUGUGUCC